AUUAGACCUGCGCGGUCUGCAGUUCUCCUCCUGUCCAGCGGGCGGCUCUCAUUGAAAUCGCACAGAGAGAAUUCAGACAGACCAGGAGCUAGCAUGGCGACGCCUAUGCACAGAUUAAUUGCCCGCAGACAAGCGGAGGCAAAUAAACAGCAUGUUCGCUGUCAGAAGUGCCUGGAGUAUGGACACUGGUCUUACGAAUGCACUGGGAAAAGAAAGUAUCUGUAUAGACCAUCAAGGACAUCAGAGAUGAAGAAGAAACUGAAAGAAAUGGAAAAUAAAGACCCCAGUGUUGCAGGACAUGGACCAGUAGCAGUAAGUGAAAAGAAGACAAAGAAAAAAAGGUCCAAGUCCUCUAGCGGUUCCAGCAGCGGAAGUAGCGACUCUGACAGCUCCUCUAGUGACUCUUCAUCAGAUAGCAGUGAUUCGUCCAGCUCCUCCUCCUCUGAGGACGACAGCAGCAGCAGUGACAGCGAAAACAGCUCCAGCUCGUCCUCCUCAUCCUCCUCCUCCAGCUCUGACUCGGAUUCCGACUCUUCCAGCGGCAGCAGCUCUGAUCAGGGUCCUCCCAAAAAGAGGAAAAAGAAGAAAUAAAUGACUUGUCAGCAGUUUUUCAGUUUAUAAUUGUUCUGUUAUGCGGACUGUACUGGUGGGAGGGAUAAAGAAAAAAAAUGAAGUUCCAGCUACUUUUUGAAGUUCAUCUCCCUUCCUUCACUGCUGCUGAUCUUCAGAAAACCAAACAUUUGUGAGUUCAGAUUGAGAGAGAAGGCGCUUUUGUUUUUGUUUCUUUUAUUUGUUCAUUUAUGUUGAAUUACGUAGUGGACAUGAAAGGAAGGAGAUAGAGACUGGAUGGUUCAUCUACAGUGAAGAUAUGGGUUGCAGUUACUUCUGUUUUAUUCUUAGUUUUGUGCAGAAAGAACACAUGUUAAUGUAUGCAUUAUUGCAUUUUUGGGUUACUUUUUUGUUUAGCUUUUUUAAAUCGCCUGUGUUGUCUCUCCUCUCAGAAACUGUUAUGAUAUCCUUGUUCAUUUCUGGUUUGCUGAAACUGAGCUUAAUUGGAGAUUGUAUUUAAAUCUGACAUUACAUCUAAAAAGAGAUUGAGAUUGAGAGACAGUUGGUUCUAUGCAUAACUAUGCACAACAGGAAUAGGAUGGAUGCAAACAUGGAAAUGUUUUACCCAAUGUGACCCACUGAAAUAAAUGGUAGAUGUUUUUUUUUUU